AUGAGUAUCUCAGCUCUCAGAGGCAACACAAAAGGGAAGCCUCUGCCACCAGGCGAGGAGGAACGCAAUAACGUGCUCAGGCAGAUGAAAGUGCGAACUACACUGAAGGGUGACAAGAGCUGGAUCACCAAGCACGAUGAAUCGGAGGGUCGCAACAUUGAGCUGCCCUCAUGCCGGACUCGUGCCACUUCCUUUUCAUCAGCUGGGGAGAUGUCAAAGGCCAGGCUUCCAAACACAAGGGCACCCACUGGCUACAUCAUCCGGGGAGUGUUCACCAAGCCCAUAGACAGCUCAUCCCAGCCCCAGCAGCACUUCUCCAAGCCCAACGGAGCUCCGAAAAGUGAUGCUGCUCUGGUGAAAGCAGCUUCUGCUGCCUCUGGCCGUGCCCCCUCCUCUGGCUAUAAGAUGACCACCGAGGAUUACAAGAAGCUGGCGCCCUACAACGUUAGACGCAGCUCAGCAUCAGGAGUUGCUGAAGAAGAGGAGGUCCCUUUCUCUGCAGAUGAACAGAAACGGAGAUCAGAGGCUGCCAGCAGUGUGUUGAGGAAGACGGCCUCACGAGAACACUCUUAUGUCCUGUCAGCUGCCAAGAAGAGCAGUGGCCCUACCCAAGACACACAGGCACCAUUUAUCGCCAAGAGGGUUGAAGUGGUGGAUGAGGACAGGCCUUCUGAGAAGAGUCAGAGAGCAUCAGCGCCUGCAAGGCCUCUCCCUGGCAUGAGCAGGAUCAAAGUGUCUCGAGCGAUUUGGACUGAAUGCACGCUGAGUGUGCCCAGUCCUGUGGGGAACCAGGAGGCCAGGUCAUCUUCAUGUGACAAAGGGACCCUUCAACCCAGGGAGCCCGGAUACUUGGCUGGUGAGCAGGACUCCAAGGGCCCGGACAUAGACUCUGGGAGCCUGGGAUUAGCUGCUGGCCUCAUCCCUUUCCUGGAAGAUCAAGAGGUGGAUAGUGGCAGCUCUCCAUCCUGCAAGCCUGGACCACUGCCUGUAAGCGCUGUGGCUGGUGGUGCAGAGAGCAGCGCGGCCAGCCAGGUGGCAGAAGAUGGGCAGGAGCAACCUGCAGCUCUGGGAAGUGGCCAGGGAGACACAGCUGCAGCCACUCAGCCGGCGGUCCAGCCCAGCAUGCUGGAGCAGCAGAGCCCCGGAGCGCCCGACAAGCUGCCUGCACCUGAGGGCUGUGCCAGCAGCACAGAGCACACCACGGAACGGCUUCCCCGCGGUGGAGCCCACAGCUUGGCUCUGUGGCUCAGCGCCAGGAAUGCAAGUCGCCCCGGGCCUCUGGGCGGUGGCAGCCGCUGUGCGAUGGGUGGCUGCGGCCAGUCCCGGGCGCAGUCUGCACACGUGUGUUCAUUCUUCCUCAGCGCUGUGGCUGGUGGUGCAGAGAGCAGCGCGGCCAGCCAGGUGGCAGAAGAUGGGCAGGAGCAACCUGCAGCUCUGGGAAGUGGCCAGGGAGACACAGCUGCAGCCACUCAGCCGGCGGUCCAGCCCAGCAUGCUGGAGCAGCAGAGCCCCGGAGCGCCCGACAAGCUGCCUGCACCUGAGGGCUGUGCCAGCAGAAUGCAAAGCCCUUCAAGUUGCCUGGUCUCUUUUACCACCCCUGACACUUGUGAGCAGCCAUAUUUUUAUGUGCCAGCUCCUCCCAGUGAACCAGACUCCAAGUCAGCCAUCCAAGGAGUGGUCUUCGUGAAGGAGUACAUGGAUGCGAGCGAACUGUCUUCUGGAAAGCAGGCAUCUUCACGCUAUGGCAGAAUAACUGGAGGGAUCUGUACUUACUGCAGUCAGGAGAUCCAAGACUGUCCCAAGAUUACGCUCGAGCACCUUGGUAUCUGCUGCCACGAGUACUGCUUCAAGUGUGGGAUUUGCAGUAAACCGAUGGGUGACCUCCUGGAUCAGAUCUUUGUUCACCAUGACACCAUCCACUGUGGGAAGUGUUAUGAGAAGCUCUUCUAGCACAAUGCUGGCACCUGAUGGCCCCUCCAUGCUAAUCAGAAACUCCUGACUUCCGGACAAGUUUAGCUGUCCCAAGUUGCUGAUUCCUGUUUCUGCACUUCUUCCCUGCAUUUGAUUUCUUCAUAAUUUUAUUGUUAAGCUGAAUUAGCUUAUGUCUAUUAUCAUAUCUUAAUGACAUUACAAUAAUUACUCGUGUGUAUACUUUUUCCAGCUUAGAAAGCACUUUACAUCCACAGUCUCAUUUCAGGUUUGAUCAAAGGAUGGAAUAGGAAUUCCAUCUUGGCGUUUUUCUAUGCAGAUUGACAUUCUAAUGAGAUUAGCAUUCCUGAUAGGUUAGGCAUAUGCAAAAGGUAGGGAGGGGUUCAAUUUCUCCUGACUCCUUUGAUGCUUCUGAAGAAUAGGUCGACAAUCCCUGCUGGGUAAAUCGCAGGCACUGGACACCAGGGAUUAAAAGUUUGUUGCUAUAUGUUAUAUAGCCAGCUACAUGUGUGUUUCAAAUUUUCAAUUUUAAAGUACUUGCUUUUGAUUGGGUUACACGGCUGAUUUUAAUUGCUUUCUUCCCAUGUUUCAGCAUAUUUGAGUCUUACUUGCAGGUGUAUGAAUAUGUUUUACAAAGUUUGCACAAUUAGGUUUAUAUUUUAUGGGAUAUAAAUAAGGAGGCUACUUACCAAAUGGAGAUCUCUGUUUGAAUUUUAAUAGCAUAUUAAUGCUUUUAGCCUAAAUUCUUACUGCCUGAGUUUUAUGCAGAAGUCUUCUGUAGUGGAUUCUAGGGUGUAUAUGUGCUAGAAGGACUAAGGAGGGCGAGAAACAACAUCUCACACGCAUUAUCGUGGAAGGAUGGCGUUAAUCUUCAUCGCAACCCGGGGAGGCACUGGGCCUCUGGGAGGCACUGGGCCUCUGGGAGGCGGGCAUGUCUCCUGCAAAACCAUUGCUGAAUUGCUUUGAAGCCCAUGUUUUUUUCUGGAGCAGUAAUCACAACAGUAAGCUGUGAUUCAGUGUUUGCUAUAGGCCAAGCACUGUGUGGGGCAUACUUAACAACUGACAGGCAAUCUUGCCCCAUCAGGCCUCCCCCCAGGCAUCCUUCUCCACGUACACCCACUGAAUAUGAACCUGUUCCCUGGUCUCUAGCCCAACAUGGAAUUUGGCACACGGUAGGCACUAACACAUAGGGGUUAAGUGAAUGAUUUAGAGAGAAGGAAAAGUCACUCUGUUGAAAGAUACCACCUAUGAGUGCAGGCCCAGAUGAUGGACUACAAGGUAGGUAAAGAGACCCAAGAUAAGUUGCUUUGCCCAUCUCACAGGUACAGUGUGUCCUUAGGUGGUUUUCAGAACCAGCAUGCAAGACACUGAAAGAGCUUGCAAAAAUUAGAUGCAAUUGAUGUUGCUAUAAAACAGCCUCUUACAUGUCUAAAAGAGCUCAUAUAUCAGCAGACUUAAGGAAGAAGAAUGGCUGAAUUAUAUUUUUCUCUUUUUUAUUGCUUGGUGUAUCUAAUCAUACUUGCUUAAUCCAUAUUAAUGUACACGGUUAUAAUAAAUGAUAAGAUAUUAU